UCGGAAACUGACCAAUUCCGCAACAAGUUUCCCUGACCUCUGAAGUCCUCAAUCUUACGUGUUUCUCAUGGGAAACAUAGUCAAGAGAGGCAGCAAGGAGCUGGUCGCUGACGGGGCCAAGUCCCUGGAGGAGGGCCCACGUGAAGUGAUCCACACCAGACUCUACGAAGCCAUCAUGACAGAAAACUGCGCUGCCAUCCAGGCCCUGCUGCGCAGCCACCCCGUCAACCAGCCCCUGACGGUCCUGACCAACUCCACCAGCUGCGGGCUACUUCUGACGCAGAAGCAGUCCAUCAUCCCCCUCCACCUGGCUGCCGAGCACCGCAAGGCACAGAGUCUGCACUGCUUGUUAGAACACGGUGCUGACCCGGAAGUAAGGGACGCACGAGGCCUCACCACACUUCACCUGAUGCUACUGCACUGGCCAAUCACCUCUACCGUCCAGACAAAGCCAGGGAACAGAAUCCAAAAGCUCCUGGCGGACAUUCAGAACAACGCCGUGACGUGUCUCCGCAUCCUGUGUGAGCACGGAGCUCAAGUGAACGCUCGGGUGAACAACAGCCACAAGCACUCCCCCCUCCACCUGGCGAUAAGAUACGGGACCUACCCGGUCCUCUCCAUUUUAGCCCAAAACGGCGCCCAGGUGAAUGCCAUUAAUGAAUCCAGCAUGACUCCCCUGCACAUGGCGGCAGACAUACUGAACAAGGAGAUGAUGGAAACGCUCAUUGCCUGUGGAGCCAAUGUCAACUACGCCGUCCCUUUCACGGGGAACACGGCCCUGAAGCUGGCGGUGUGCGCCGCGUCCAGCAAAGCGGGCCGAGUGCUGGCGGCAGGACUGAGCUGCAUCCGGCUGCUGCUGAUCCACGGAGCCCAAGUCAAUGUCCAGGACCACAAGGGCCAAACAGCCAUCCACGAGGCAUGUUUUGCCGGCAGAGAGACAGUCAUCGAUCUCUUGCUUGAAUUUGAAGCCAACAUUAACAUCCUCACAAAAAACGGGGAAUCUCCCAUACACAUGUACCUCCAGCGCAGCUCCAACAUAAGGGACACGGCGCUGCUUGCCAAGCUGCUUUACCGCUCGUACCCCUUGAGACUGACCAAUAACCAAGGAAUUCUGCCUGCAGGACUCAUGCUAUCAGAGUUUCAACUCUUAAGGGAAUCCCUAAUCAAGUUGUCGCAAAAACCCUUCUCCCUAGAGGAUAUCUGUAAGAGAAACAUCAGGAACAUGUAUGGGGAGAGAUACAAACAGCAUGUGAAGCGCCUCCUCCCGGAGAAGAUCUGGAAUUCUGUCUACGGGUAUUAUGACCUGGCUUGCCUCUUGAAAUAAGACCUCGCAGUGUCACGGUGCCACAGGAUUUCAGAACUCCUAUCGCGGUUUCUGGCUAGACUGGUACCCAGAAAACAAUCCAUUUGCCUCAUUCAUCCCAAAUGUACAAACUACUGGUUCUUAAACUUCUUCAAAAAAUAAAAUGAUUUGCAUAUUACCUUUUUGUUUCUAGAUAUUCUUUUAAAUGCAUUUUUCAUGUUUUAAAUUUUGCCUAAAAGGUAAGCAACUUAAUUUAAAACUCUCAGCCAAAGAAGUAAAUAUAUGUUCUCUCUUUCUUGAUAGUGUUUUGUGGAUAAAUGUUGGAAUAGUAACUAUAGAUUUUGAAAACAGCAGAAUGAAAUUUUCUAUGUUAAAUUUCCUUUAAGAUAGAUAAUUAUAAAAACAGACUUUACCUCUAAGAUUGAAUUAAUAGAUGAAUAUUUUUGUCAGCAUUAAAUACACUUAGCAUCAUCAAUUAUAGCAGUAUACAGAACACACUUACUACCGGAAAAACAGUGAGAAUAUUCAAAUGCCCGAAGUUUACUGCUUUUAAAUUCAAUCAAGUUUUUAUGUUCUGGACCUAAAAAAAUGAUGAUUUAAAUGAAAGUAAUGGCACCCUUCCAGAUAAAUGAACUAGGGUACCUAGUCCCUUUCAUUCAAUGAAUCAACACAAGUCAGCCCCGAUAAGAAGUUUUCAAUGAUUUC